UGACGCUGUAUCUUCUGCGGAAAACACUCAAGCAAGGAAAACACACACUCAGUCAUAACAAAUGAUUUUAAGUCCAGGCUACUUUCUGUACUCUGCCUCUUUAUGCUCAGCGGACUGGUGUUCAGAUGUGCUGGCUGUCGGUAUUAGCGCCGUUGACAGCCUCAGCCUGGUAUAUAUUUAAGGAGUCAGGCUACCACCCGAAAUGUGGCAACGUACGGACCUUAGUUGUGACUAUGGAAGGCCAACAAGCAAAAUACUGUCUGUGCCCAUGGAAUGAUGGCAACAGAAGCUCAUACAAACAUCUGCCCGGGAGACGUCAACUUCACUUCAACCACUUGGACGGGGUACAUUACUGUAGAAAGCCACUAUGGAAAUGAGCCGGUCGACUAGUCACAUUGCAGAUGCUCAAUGAGGAAAAAGACUCUCUGGAUCAUGUUGGGGAGGAGGCGUGCCCACUUUGUGGAUAUAACACAGGACUGAGCCAAACAACAGCAUUCCGUGGAGUGAGCACAAAUGCUGCAAUGUAAGCGAUUGUCUUUCUCGUUUCAGUCCUCAAAGAAAAUCAUCAUAUGGAAGAGAUUUUGUACGCAUUUUUGGAUACAAAAAGGAUGUAGAGACAAGCUGGAAUUUGAUCUGUGCCUGUGUGAAAACCAUUAGGUUCAAGGUGGAGAGGACAGAAAGCGAGCUCCCACACUAAAUGCCCAUUAUGCCACGGAACAGAGCCUUCUCAGAGCCCGAGUACUCUGUUGAGUGUUCUGCAGACUGUUCAGUGACACUGCCCUCUGACCCUGGGCAGGCUGUUGGGCGAACACACGAGGUCACGGUGAGGAACUCAGGAUGCUGUCUUUGCUUGCCUCGAUUCAUGCGCCUCACCUUUGCGCCAGAGUCCCUGGAGAACCUCUACCAGACCUACUUCAGGCGUCAAAGACAUGAAACCUUACUGGUGCUGGUCGUGUUUGCGGCUCUCUUUGACACCUAUGUCAUUGUUAUGUGUUCAUUGGUCUACACCAGUGACAAGCUGGCAUCAGUUAUUGUGGCGUCAGUCGGGCUGCUAGCAGACAUCGUCCUCUACCUGCUGUGCUGCUUCGGGUUGCUGCCAGAUCGCAUCUCGAGGCGAGUGGUACCCUACGCCCUGUGGGUCCUCAUAGCUGGCCAAAUAUUUUGCUACCUGGGUUUGAACUAUGCCCACUUUCACCAGGCCAGUGACACCGUGGGCUGGCAGGCUUUCUUCAGCUUCUCCUUUUUCCUGACUCUGCCUUUGAGGUUGACUCCCAUCGUGCUAAUCACGGCCAUCACCUGCGGGGUUCACACCCUGGUUCUCGGUGUCACCAUCGCUCAGCAGCAGCAGGAAGACAUCCAGGGCGCAGCACUUGGCAAACAGCUCCUGGCCAACAUUGUGAUCUAUGUUUGUGCUAUCACCUUGGGUGUAAUGUCGUACUACAUGGCAGACCGGAAGCACAGAAAGGCAUUUCUUGAGGCAAGACAAUCCCUCGAAGUCAAACUCAACCUGGAGGAGCAAAGCCAACAACAGGAACGUCUGCUGCUCUCCAUCCUUCCCAAACACAUAGCUGAUGAGAUGCUGCAGGACAUGAAGAAAGAGCCCAGUCAAAAGGAGAUGCAACAGUUCAACACCAUGUACAUGUACAGACAUGAAAAUGUCAGUAUUUUGUUUGCAGACAUCGUGGGCUUUACCCAGCUGUCAUCGUCAUGCAGUGCUCAGGAGCUGGUCAAACUGCUCAAUGAACUUUUUGCUCGCUUUGACAAACUAGCUGCAAAAUAUCACCAGUUGAGGAUCAAGAUCCUAGGAGACUGUUACUACUGUAUUUGUGGGCUGCCAGACUACAGAGAGGACCAUGCUGCCUGUUCCAUCAUGAUGGGCCUUGCUAUGGUUGAGGCCAUCUCGUAUGUGCGUGAGAAAACACAAACAGAUGUUGACAUGCGAGUUGGAGUCCACAGCGGUACAGUCUUGGGGGGAGUGCUUGGUCAGAAACGUUGGCAAUAUGAUGUGUGGUCCACUGAUGUCACUGUAGCCAACAAGAUGGAGGCUGGAGGAAUACCAGGUCGUGUCCACAUCUCACAGACCACCAUGGAAUGUCUUCACGGAGAGUUUGAAGUUGAACCAGGGAAUGGAGGUGAGCGCUGUGACUAUUUGAGGGAGAGAGGACUGGAGACCUAUCUAGUCGUUGUUUCCAAAGGACCUGUGGGAAAAAACGGCAUCAACAGUGUAAAACUCUCUGUUACUUCGUCUGAUGGAAACUCCCCCCUGCUGAUUAACACCACAGAGUGUAAUGGGAGCAUGAGCACAGGCUGCACCACACCAGAGGAACCUGAAGAACUGGAUACAAGGGUGGUAAACCCUUCUUUCCCAAAUCCUCGCCGAAGGUUGCGGCUGCGGGACCUGGCAGAAAGGGUGAUUGAUGCUCAAGAGAAUGAACAGGAGCUCAAUAAACUGCUAAAUGAGGCACUGUUGGAACGAGAGACUGUCCAAGCUUUGAAGGGGAAGCAUACAAACCGUCUCUCCCUGAGGUUUGUUGAUGCAGAAUUGGAGACUCGCUUCUCGGUGGAGAAAGAGAAGCAGAGUGGAGCUGCUUUCUGUUGCUCCUGCGUGGUGCUGCUCUUCACUGCUGCCAUGGAGGCCCUCAUAGAUCCCAGGUUGAUUACAAACUACAUCACUUUUGCAGUGGGAGAAGUCCUCCUCCUUAUCCUGACAAUCUGUUCAUUGGCCGCCAUCUUCCCCAGGGUUUUUCCAAAGAAACUUGUUGAUUUUUCAACUUGGAUUGACCACACUCGUUGGGCUCGUAACACCUGGGCCAUGGCAGCUAUCUUCAUACUUACCAUGGCUGACAUUGUUGAUAUGCUGAGCUGCCUGCCCCAAGGUCCUAAAUCAGUCGGCACCUCUGUGGCGUCCCCUUCCUCCUACUCCACCUGGGCUAUCUCUGAAGGUUGUCUGAACAACCCCAAAUAUUAUAGCUACAUUGCUGUACUAGCGCUUAUGGCCACCACCAUGCUGGUUCAAGUUAGUCACAUGGUCAAGCUUACACUGAUGCUGCUUAUCACUGUAGCUACCGGUGUGGUUAAUAUAUAUAGCUGGAGGGACAUCUUUGACCGCUACGACAUUGCCCGCUUUAAGGAUUACAGGUCAUAUCUUGUGCCCUCCAAGUUGACCAUGACAAUUAUGAUCUUCAUUAUGAUGGUCAGCUUUUAUUAUUUCUCUCGACAUAUGGAAAAGCUUGCUCGGACCCUAUUCCUGUGGAAGCUUGAGGUUCAUGAGCAGAAAGAAAAGGUAUAUGAGAUGAGGCGAUGGAAUGAAGCACUGGUGACCAACAUGCUUCCUGAACACGUUGCUCGACACUUCCUGGGCUCAAAAAAAAGAGAUGAGGAGUUGUACAGUCAGUCAUAUGAUGAGAUCGGAGUUAUGUUUGCUUCCAUCCCAAAUUUCUCCGACUUCUACACAGAGGAGAGCAUCAAUAAUGGAGGCAUUGAAUGCUUACGCUUCCUCAACGAGAUCAUCUCAGACUUUGACAGUCUUCUGGACGACCCUCAGUUUCGCUGUAUCACAAAAAUCAAGACAAUUGGAAGCACCUACAUGGCAGCAUCAGGUGUGACUCCUGACGUCAAAAAGGGGUACACCUGUAUGAAGAAGGAGGAGCAGUCAGACAAAGAGUGCUGGCAGCACCUGGCAGACUUGGCAGACUUUGCGCUCGCCAUGAAGGUUACCCUCAUGAACAUAAACUACCAGUCAUUUAACAACUUUAUGCUACGCAUCGGUCUGAAUAAGGGAGGCGUUUUAGCAGGAGUGAUUGGUGCACGCAAACCUCAUUAUGACAUCUGGGGAAACACAGUAAAUGUUGCCAGUCGAAUGGAAUCCACAGGGGUGAUGGGAAACAUUCAGGUGGUGGAAGAUUGCUACAAUAUUCUCAAAGAGUACGGCUUCCGCUUUGUGAGGAGGGGACCUAUCUUUGUGAAGGGAAAAGGGGAGCUCCUCACUUACUUUCUGAAGGGAAGGGACAAACAAGGUUCCUUUCUAAAUGGCUCUUCAGUCACACUUCCACAUCAAGUUGUGGACAGUUAAAACCAACCUUGAACGUAAUAGCAGCAAAGGAAUGGUGUAUUCAGAGAGGUUGUGGAAAGAACUUUUGAAUGAGAAUCAAUUGCCUUGAAACCAUGAAAUGCCCUCAUACCCUUGACACGUUUCUGUUGAAUUGCAUCUUUUGCAGGCUUUUUGCCGUUGAUAAGUACAAUUAAAUACUGUGGACAUGCUUUAAUAGACAUCAGUUUCAACAGGUUACUCAUUACUUAAGUUGGUUUCACCUCUAUGAGAACCAAUUCCUUCUUUUUAUGCCAGUAGAACGGAUGUAUUUGUAUGUAUUUCAGUGUCGAGAAUCGUUUAUGGGAUGUGAUAUUUCUGGAUUGGAAUUUACUUUGUGUGAAAAUGUACAUAAUAUAUAAUUAUGUACCAAUAGUAUAAACAUUUGGCUCUUCAUUCAAGUGAUUAGAUGACUGCAAUAAUGGUGCAACACUAACCUUAAGAAAGGUGUGAUUUCUAAAAACAAACAAAAAAAAAACAGACUGGAAUCACACUGUGACUACUAUGUGCUGUGCGCCUUGAACAUAAAACUAUCUGCACUCAAUAUACAAAAAGUAAAUAAAUAAAUUGAUUUGAAGCGAGCUGUCCUGGGGAGCAGGGGGAGCCAUUCAUGGGUGCGUAUGAGCGUUUGUCCGUAUUGCUCACUUUCCUCAGUCGAUAUUUUGUUUCCCCCUUGCCCUUGACUGGAGAAUAGGUUAAUUCAGUCAUCACCCUCUCAUCCUGUCUACUCAUGGAUCUCUUAAGCACACACUUCUGGCCUGGGCCAUGAAGAUGGAUAAUGGGUAAAAAAAAAAUUUUUUCUUUGAAAGAGUAAAGCCACACACCAGAGAUAUACUGUGUUUUACACAUUGUGGCUAGAUAGAAGUGCCUAUCACAGAUGUGACCAUGAGAUUUUAGAUGAAGGAUUCCACUACUCCAAGUCCACUAGUCCUGUCGACUGACUAUGCUGUUAAAUGAUAAAUGCAGUUUAUUAAGACAGCAUUGGUUUUUGUUCGACCCUAGUCCCUUCCUUAUCUGAAAUAGAUGAGGGCCGUUAUGACUGUGAAAACGAUAUACUAUAUAAUUGUUUAAUCGCCCCAUCAUAUUAUUAUAAAUGUACAAUAAAUUGAUGGAUAACUAGUUGGGAAAAAAGCAGUGAAGGAUAAGAAGUUUGUACAGCUAUCAUUGAAGUUACUGUAAAAAGUGUUUUGCAAUAUCGCCAUGUUGUUAUUUAUUACAUAUGCCAAUUUGAAAUUUUGGUCCAGAUUUCAGCAAGAGUCAUGGAAGCUGGUACUCAUAAUUUGUUUUUGUGGACUAUUUACAAUGAUUUUGUGGGCUGGAUAUGGCACCAGGCCUUGAAUUUGACACUUAUAAAAUAAGGCAAUCAAAAGUGCUUAAAAUUGGAAGAAUAAACCAAAUAUAGUAAAUAAAGAAAUGCAAACAGUAAGGUUUGAGUGAGAACAUUGGGAGUUUCUGUAUUAAUAUUGUUAAAUAUUUGUGUUUUUCAAAAAUAAUUUCUAAACACUGAACUAAUAAUAGUGUUUCAAACAAGUGUUACUAAUAUCUGUUUACCUCGUUAUUCUCACCAAUUUCCUACUUCAUUGAAAAAACACUCACACACUCACACAGCACACACGAAGCCACAAUGAAUAAGUGAUUUGAUUGGCUGAGUUGUCAAAUGAAAGAAGGUAUCGAGCACGCCAUACAGUAUGUUUAUUUUGGUUAUGCAUACUAGGGCUUGAGCAUUUAUUCAGCUAAUACUUGCUCUUUUCCCAAAAUAAAAAACACAUCUUUUUUGGGGGGGUUGUUUUUCUUUACACUAACACAUUUCAAUGUAACACAAAGAUCAUGACUUUCAAAUAAAGUAAAAAAAAAAUCUGUAAACUUUGGCAGGAAAAUCUGAUUUUUUUUUCUCAUUUUUUCUCUGUUGUAAAAUUAAACAAAUUCGAGUAUUGUAAAACAGUCCAAUAUUCUGUCUGUAAUUCCGAUCUUUAUUGUUGUAAGUGCGAAGGAACCCAAAUGAAAAGUUAUUUUAUUCCAUACAUAGUUUGAAAUUAAUUGGUUAUCUGAAUUUUACUCUGAUAAAGAAUCUGCAUUCAAAAAAAUCCAUUUCAGUCAGAUGUGCUAUAAAGUAGCUCCUAAAAAGCUGUGCAGGUUGACAUAAGACCAACUAAAACCAUCCAAAGUUGAGUCGGUCAAAUUUAUUAAAAUCGGAAAUAUGUCCACCUCUACAGUGCAUAAAAAGACGUCUGGUUUUGUAUCAGGGUUGCAGUCUGCCUCUGGUUUAGCUCAUCAAACUUAAUAUUUUUUUCUGCACAUGAGUAAUAAAGUAUCCCUGACAAGUGGGGAAUCUGAAAAACAAAAGCCAUGCAGUCAUAAGCUAUUUUUUCAUUUAACAUCACGGCGAUAAUAUGGACAAAAAUGUCAUUCAGAGGGACAAAGUAAGUCAACUGAUGUAUUUCCACUACAUAUUUCCUCUAUGUAUUAUUUUGAACUCAAUAUCUAGAUGUAGGUUUCAGAUUUCAGGUGUUGAGUUUACGCCCAAAUACUUAGGUGGGAAUGGGAUGUCAUCUAAUUGAAAUAAUUGGCUACCCUCUGUGUUUCCGUUUCGUUUUGACCAGUCAUGUCAAUACAUAACUACAAUAUUUUUGAUAUUAGACAGCUCGCAAACAAACAAUUCAACCACUGGUUUAAAGUGAUGUAUUAAUACAAACAAGGGAAACAAUUCGGAGCUACUUGCACUUUACUUGAGUAUUGAAAUUGAUUUGUGCCAUUUAUCUACUUUAGAUUAUCGACAUAAAUUUGACAGCUUUAGUUACUUCUCAGGUCAAAAUUGUGCACAAAAACAUUCAUUGUUUACACAAUAACAUGUUUUUGUUUAUAUAUUCUUGUUUGUCACCUCUUUAAUAGAAUAUGUAUGAUUACUGUCAUGUUGAAUUUAUUUUCAUGUUCUGUAAUAAUAUUUCCACUCGUGUUUUAUAAUAUUCUGAGGAAUUUUACUCCAAAAUUGGACCACACCAGGUAUAUAGACUAAAACAAACAAAGUAUUGGCUGAGUUGUCAAAUAUAUGUGUAAAUGCAUGUAUGUGUGGCUGGGUGUGUGUGUGUGUGUAUAUACACAUUCCACAAAGGAGAAUAAUUAGUAAAAGUCAAUUUUGAGUCAUUACGUUUAGGAAACCUCUGCUGAAGAAUGGGAUCAAAGUGCAAUAGUGUACUCUACAAACCUUGACAUGCUCUUUUAAGAGAAGGUUGUCAUUACUACCCCUUUAUUCAUAUUUCAUCAUUUAAAGUGAAAUUGUGCUCAAUUUAAAAGAAAUUAUUGUGUGUUGUACAUAAGAGUCAAAACAGUAUUUGUGGUUUAGAUGAAUUUAUGACCAAGAACUGGGACAGUUUUUACAUGUAUGAAAGUGCCAAUGAUCAUGAAAUAAGUGGACAUUAAAGCCAAAACAUGGAUUUGAGAUUGUUUGCUGAUUUAUAUUUUGAAAAGGGAAACAAAAUACCACUUUAAAUACUCAACGUCUCUAACUUAAGUGUCCUAAAUUUCUCUUACUUGCCCCUUGACUUGAUAGGAAUGAGCCAAUUGCUGUUUCUCAAUUAAUUUAUAUUGUCGACAUCUAUCACCUCUUUUGAUCCCUAGAUUGCUUUUUGAAGUACUUAUACUGCUCCUGUAAGUGAACGUUUCCUUGUUCAUUUCAGUUGUCACAAUAAAGUGAGUUGAUAUUUUUUUUCUAAAUGUAAGACUCUCUUCAUUUUAUUGUCAUCAAUAUGACAUUUUAUCA